GUCUGAACUGACACUGCUUUAAACCUUCCUCCAUUCAUUACUCAUUAUUCAUCGCCUGAACUCUGACCAAGCACGUCACCUGCAGUCCUCGGUAAUGAUGACCCAAUGGACCACUAUCCACUGACCCUUCACUGACCAUCCAGGGGCCUCAUUGCUCCGUGUGUUCCUCAGCAUGGGGGACACUGUCCAAAUGCACUUCAGCACAGUGGAUUAUGUGAUUUUCGUCGUGCUGUUAGUGGCAUCCGCAGGAAUCGGCCUUUACUAUGCCUUCUCAGGGGGUCGGCAGAGGACCACACAGGAGUUCCUGCUGGCUGACCGGAGCAUGCGCUGCCUUCCCGUAUCACUUUCACUGCUAGCCACCUUUCAGUCAGCCGUGGCCAUCCUGGGUGCCCCGUCUGAGAUCUACACCUAUGGCACACAGUACUGGUUUCUGGGCUGCUCCUACUUUCUGGGCCUGCUCAUUCCUGCACACAUUUUCAUCCCAGUUUUCUAUCGCCUCCGCCUCAGCAGCGCAUAUCAGUAUCUGGAGCUUCGUUUUAGCAAAAGUGUUCGGAUAUGUGGCACUGUGACCUUCAUUUUUCAAAUGGUAAUCUAUAUGGGAGUUGUUCUGUAUGCUCCUGCACUUGCACUUAAUGCAGUAACAGGGUUUGACCUUUGGGGGGCAGUGCUGGCAAUGGGAUUAGUUUGCACACUUUAUACAGCAUUGGGUGGUCUAAAAGCGGUGAUCUGGACAGACGUGUUUCAGACAAUCGUGAUGUUUGCAGGGCAGCUGGCAGUGAUCGUGGUGGGCACACACCAGGCAGGCGGCAUUGCUGAAGUGUGGAGGAAAGCACAAAACGGCAGCCGUAUCGCAGGCCUUGAUCUGAACCCUGACCCUUUAGAGAGGCACACGUUCUGGACUCUAGGAGUUGGAGGUGUUUUUCUCAUGCUGGCUCUGUAUGGAGUGAACCAGGCUCAGGUCCAGAGAUACCUCAGCUCCCGCACGGAGAAAGAGGCCAUCAUGUCCUGCUAUGCGGUGUUUCCUUGUCAGCAGGUUGUGCUCACAUUGGGCUGUUUGAUGGGUUUGGUUAUGUACGCUCGAUAUGGGGAGGAAAGCCCUCUGGAUCAGGGCUACGUUACAACUAAUGAUCAGAUGGUGUUGUAUUUUGUAAUGGAUGUGUUGAGGGAUCUUCCUGGUUUGCCAGGACUAUUUGUCGCUUGCCUUUUUAGUGGAGCUCUCAGCACAAUCUCAUCUGCCUUUAACUCUCUGGCAACAGUAACCAUGGAGGACCUGAUCAAACCUCAUGUCCCAGCCAUGACAGAGGCCCGCGCCACUCUGUUAUCCAAAAUGUUAGCUCUUGCCUAUGGGCUUGUGUGUUUGGCUAUGGCGUACAUCGCAUCCUUAAUGGGCUCUGUGCUGCAGGCAGCACUCAGUAUUUUUGGGAUGGUGGGAGGACCUCUACUUGGUCUUUUCUGUCUCGGGAUGUUUUUCCCUUGGGCCAAUUCCACUGGUGCUCUGGUUGGACUGGCAUCAGGACUGGUCAUGGCUUUCUGGAUUGGCAUCGGCAGCUUUGUUUCACGAAUGUCUCCAUCUGCACUACCUUUGAUCAAUGCCACCAUCAUACCCGAUGUGGGAAACAUGACGACAGCUGUCAUGACAACACUCACCACAACUAAACCCAGGCCUUCUGGAGUUCAGGCUCUGUACUCUUUGUCAUAUAUGUGGUACAGCGCUCAUAAUUCUGCCACAGUUGUGGUAGUGGGACUGCUGGUCAGCUUUCUUACAGGACCCUGGAAGGAGAAGGAUUUAAACCCAGGUACGAUUUAUCCAGUACUUGGAAGUUUGCUGUUUUUUCUGCCCCAACGCUACAGGGAGAAACUCUGCUGUGUAACUCCUCUGGAAAACAAGUCCAAAGAUCUGGACCGACAGCCUUACCAGAUGGCCCAGAAAGAGAGCAAUGGUGUAGCCUGCACUAAAGAGGAAGACAAACUCAGGGAAGAGGAAGGAGAACGGAUAACUGCCCAACCGACUUGUAACCUCGCCCAUACUCUACAAGAAACAGCCUUGUGACAACGACAGUUCAAGGGUAACUCAAUCUCCUACAGGCUUUAGGAGGAAAAUGUCAGUUCCAAUGCCAAAAUGGUGUAAAUGUACGACCUCACCGUUCCCUCCUCUGGAAUUGAUCCAUAAGCUGUGGUUUGUAUCUGCAAUAUUGGUACGAUGUGCCCUGAACUGCCAGUGAUGGAGGUUUGGGGGUUGUCUUGUUUAUAUGUGCUGCUUCAUGAUGCCAGUGGUCUGUUUGAUAGAAGUUUUAUCGUAUUUGAGAUUCUGUUGAAUGAACUCGUGCAAGAGAUCAACUAAAUACUUUCGUUUACUCGUCCUAAAAUUGAAUCUUAAGAAAAUCGUUUGCUCAUCUAAGGUGUAGGUGAUUUUUUUCUUCUACUUCCUCGGUAGAACAUUUAAAGAAGAUUUUUAGCUAAAAUCGUGGUCCUAGGUGAUUCAUAUUUAGUCAAUAGCCAAUGGAACUUUGAGUUAAAAAAAACAAUUACAAUCUUCUUUAACCCUUGUUAAUUAAUUAAAAUGAUGUCAUCAUAAUUAUUAUUUGUACAUAUUGCUAUCAAUAUCAGAGCUUUUGUAUUUUUUUUGUCAAUUUUGAGAUAAUGCAUCAAAACUAAAUAUUUGAAAAUUGGCUUAUACAAGACUCUAAGGCCUUGUCCACACAAACACAGGUAUUUUCAAAAUCACACUUUUUUUUAAUGUGGUUUUCUAUUUGUCCACACGAAAAGGAGUAUUGGGGUGACUGAAACCAAAACGUUCUGAAAACUUCAGCCAGAUUUUCUGAAACUCUGCACAGUGUGGUUGUGUGGUUUUCACCCCAUGACGUCUUCGUGCACACUGUUUUCUCCUUUCUAAUUGUCUAACACGGCUGAGAUCACACCAAACGUAGAAGCAGCGAAUGAGGCAAAUUCUGCACACGUAUUUCGUACUGUAUUGUUCAACCUUGGGACAGUAAUCCGCCUCUGUUCUUAUGUUUGCAUUGACUUGUAUGCAGUUUACAUCUAAAAUAUACUUAAUGAAAAAUACUUAAGGGUGUGAACUCAGCAUAAAAAUGUCUUUAACUCCACCUGUUGGUUUGGCGUGCCCUUAACAUGCAUCUCAGUGCAUUUUUGCAUUGUCAUGUGGAUUGAGAUUUCUUUAAAAACAAAUCGGGGAAACGGUUUAAAAAAUACCUGUGUAGGUGUGGACAUGGUCUAUAAAUCCAAAAAUAUCAGCUUAGGCUUUCAGCAUUUAGAAAUUAAUUUAUUUGAUUAAAUUUAAUAUAUAUUUGUUUUAAUAAAGCAGCAACAAGAGAACUAGCAUUAUGUAAGCUGUGAUUUAAAAAGUUAAACAAUGUUAAAUCCAAUGAUUUGUUGGUAGUUAUCAUCAGGUCUGAUGCUUGAAUAUAUGGAAGUAUAUAUCAGUGAGUGUGUAAAACACAUUAAAAUAUGAUACUUUAAUUUAUCUUUUUUUGGCUGUUUCUGUCCUCUAUGGACUUAAUUUUGUUACAUUUGACACACAAGGGUUAAUGUUCUACUGAAUAAAAAAGUCACCUACAUCUUGGAUAGUUUGAGGAUAAGUAAAUUGACAGCUAUUUUUAUUUUUGGGACUAAAUUAUCCCCUUAAGAUUAAUUACACUGAUAAAUAUAUGUACAUACAUGGAAUGAAAGGUUAAGCUGGAUGGUUUGUCACUCUAAAGACCACGAUUUGCACAAAUCGUUUUCAUUCGAUGUCAUAAUUUUGGGGUUUUCUCUCCCAAAGCUUUUGUUUCGUCCAAAGUUCACUACCAUGAGCCUUUCCAUUCUGUUUGCCUUCGAAAAAACACUACAGUCAAUAUGUUUGUUCCCUAAACCAAGUUUACAGUGAAUGAAGAAUUGCUAGUACUUCAAAUGUAAAAUGUAGUAAACGUCCACCGUGAUCUCCGCAGUAUAAAAAAGUGCCAUAUCGUGAUAGAUUCAAUUACUGGAAUGCAUGUAGAAUCUGUAGUUCCCUCAUUGAAGCCCAUUCGUUUGUGACAAGUGCCUCCUCACAUGAAUGUAUGAUGUAGUUUUUGAUUUUUACUUUAGUCUGGCGUUUCAUAGUCUAUAACCCAUACAGAGCAUGGCUAUGAUGGGUUUUAAGCAUCUGGACUCCUCACUAUUGAAUUCCCAUAAUGCUUUGCAGUGCGAGAGCUUGGCUAACUAUACUUUAGCAUUGCAAAAAAAGUUUCAAUUAGCCUAGAUUUUAUCUUGGUAUAAAUGGUUAUCAGUGUUGGGUAAAAAAAAAAAAAAAAAAAAAAGUGAUAUAUUACAAUCUUAAAGGGAUAGUAGCUACACAAUAUAUUGUUUCAGCAUCGAUAUCGCAAUGUGAUUAUUUGCAAUAAUUCAAAUCAUCUGCUGAAUCCAUAUUGCAAUAUUUACAGUGCAUCAGGAAAGUAUUCAUAGCGCUUCACUUUUUCCACUUUUUUAUGUAAACAGUCUUAUUCCGAAAUAGAUUAAAUUCAUUUAUUUCCUUAAAAAAAAUUUUUUUAAUUGUUGCAAAUUUAUUCAAAAUAAAAAACCUGAAAAAUCACAUGAACAUAAGUAUUCACAGCCUUUGCCAUGAAGCUCUAAAUUGAGCUCAGGUACAUUCAGUUUCUACUGAUCAUUCUUGAGAUGUUACAGCAGCUUAAUUGGAGUUCACCUGUGGUAAAUUCAGUUGAUUGGACAUGAUUUUAAAAGGUGUACACCUGUCUAUAUAAGGUUCCUGGGUUGACAGUGCAUGUCAAAGCACAAACCAAGCAAGAAGACAAAGGAAUUCUCUGUAGACCUCCGAGACAGGAUUGUCUUGAGGCACAAGGUUGGGGAAGGUUACAGAAAAAUGUCUCCUGCUCUGAAAGUUCCAAUGAGCACAGUGGCCUCCAUCAUCCGUAAGUGGAAUAUGUUUGGAACCAGAAGGACUCUUCUUAGAGCUGGCCGGCCUUCUGAACUGAGUGAUCGGGGGAGAAGGGCCUUAGUCAGCGAGGUGAUCAAUAACCCGAUGGUCACUCUGUCUGAGCUCCAGUGUUGUUCUGUGGAGAGAGGAGAACCUUACAGAAAGACAACCAUCUGUGCAGCAAUCCACCAAUCAGGCCUGUAUGGUAGAGUGGCCAGACGGAAGCCACUUCCCACCUGGAACUUGCCAAAAAGCAUCUGAAGGACUCUCAGACCAUAAUAAAUAAAAAAUUCUCUGGUCUGAGGAGGCUAAAAUUUAACUCUUUAGAGUGAAUGCCGGGUGUUACGUUUGGAGAAAACCAGGCACAGCUCAUCACCAGGCUAAUACCGCCCCUAAAGUGAAGCAUGGUGGUGGCAGCAUCAUGCUGUGAGGAUGUUUUUCUGCAGCAGGAACUGGAGGACUAGUCAGGAUAGAGGGAAAGAUGAAUGCAGCAAUGUACAGAGACAUCCUGAAUGAAAACCUGCUUCAGAGUGCUCUUGACCUCCGACUGGAUGGUUCAUCUUCCAGCAGGACAAAGACCCAAAGCACACCCCCAAAAUAUUAAUGGAGUGGCUUCAAAACAACGUCCUGAAUGUCCUUGAGUGGCCCAGCCAGAGCCCAGACUUAAAUCCCACUGAACAUUGGCUGCACACAGUCGCUUCCCAUCCAACCUGAUAGAGCUUGAGCAAAGAGGAAUGGGCAAAAAUUCCCAAAGACGGGUGUGCCAAGCAUGUGCCAUCAUUUUCAAAAAGACUUGAGGCUGUAAUUGCUGCCAAAGAUGCAUCAACAAAGUAUUGAGCAAAGGCUGUGAAUACUUUUGUACAUAUGAUUUUUCAGGUUUUUUAUUUUUAAUAAAUUUGCAACAAUUUCAGAAACUCUUUUUUCACAUUGUCAUUAUGGGCUAUUGUGUGUAGAAUUGUGAGGAAAUAAAUUAAUUUAAUCCAUUUUUGAAAUAUAGCUGUAACAUAAAAAAAAUUUGGAAAAAGUGAAGCCCUUUGAAUACUUUCCGAAUGCACAGUAUUGCAGAAUAACAAAAUAUCACAAUGAUUGAAUUUUCCAAUAUCGUGCAGCUCUAAGUCAUAGUUCACCCAAAAAAAGAAGAAAAAAAGAGAAUUCUGUCAUAAUUUAUUCGCCCUUUAAACCUUUGAGUUUCUUUCUACAGUUCAAGACAGAAGAUAUUUUGAAAAAAGUUGGAAACCGAUUACCAUUGACUUCCAUGGUGUUUGUUUUUCCUACUAUAGAAGUCAGUAGUUACAGGUUUUCAGCAUUCUUCAAAAUAUCUUCUUUAGUGUUCAACAGAAGAAAGAAAGUUGUAAAGUUUUAGAACCACUUGAGGGUGAGAAUUUUUGGGUGAACUGUCCCAUUAAGCUUAUCUAAAUCUUUAUUUUAUUGUUUUUAAUUAUUCAACACAUGCAAAAUAUAAAAAAUAACACAGACAUUCACAUUACUUUCCUUAAAAAGUAACACAUUUAGUUAGUUUUUUAAAAAAAGGUGACUUAAGAUUGUAUUGUAUUACUUUUGAAAGUUACUUUACCCAGUACUGGUUAUUAUAUUAAUAUAUCCCGUAUAUUAUACGAUGUAGCUUUUUUAAAAGUUCUCUAUAUCUUAUUUGAUCUUCUAGAUAUAGAAGUAAGAUGCGUGUUAUAGUAUUAAGAGUACUAGGAACACAACCUGCAUAGAAUUGAAACCUCAUUGUGAGUUACUGAUCAUAAUUCUUAGUAUUAGCAUAUGACAUGGUUGCACUUGUUUUCUCAUAUAGUUUGAUUCGUUUUAUUGGUGUUAUAGUGGCGUUUUUUUUUCUGUGCUUUGCUGUCUAGUCCAAAUUCACACCUCAGUCUACUCUAAGCCAUACCAUUUGUAGUUGUUGUAUUGUGCCUAUGAAGGAAAUUGAAAGCUUUCCCUGAACUUGUCACAAUCUCAGAAGCAGACAGUGGGUUAUCUUUUCAGGUUAUGCGCUCUGGGGCAGGAAUUUGUUGUAGUCUUUCAUCCAUUGAAGGUUUGUUUGUUUAUUGUGGGUGUUUCAUCUUGGCCUGCAUUGUGACAGGAUUUAGUUUUACAUUUGUCUCCAAAGAAUCAUGCUACAGUAUGUGGAUUUAUGUUCAUCACAUGCUCUAUUUAAAGUCUGUGGGAAAUCACUGCAAAAAGAUUAGUUUAACAGAUAUAAUAACAUUAGGGUAUUAAUAAUUUGAGUAUUGCUCUAUUGUAUAAACAACAUGUUCAGAGUGAACAAAUGUUUGAAACAAAUCAAAUUACAAUAGGAAACACUUUAGUCUCUUUAGUAAACAUCAUUGCAUUAAAAUCAACAGCCAGAAAUAGCCAUGUUAUAGUUGUGUAAGCUAAAGUUACUGAAACUGAAUCUUAUUAGUUACUAACUCAGUUUAAUAAAACGAUUAUGAAUUUUGAUUUGAAUGCUUUAUUAGGCAUAAACUAUGAAAUUAACAUCACAUACAGUAAUAAAGGCUUUUGUAGAUGUAUUUAGUUAAAUUUAACUAAUAUUAACUAAUGGAGCCUUUAAUAUAGACUAAUGGAGUAGUUAAUGAACAAAAUUGUGAGAAAAAAGUUAUUGCUGAUUGUUUUUCUUUUAAAUGCAAGAAACAACUUGAACUCCUACACCUUACACUCAUCCUUCAUUCCAUUACGCUCCAUCUUCCAGCUUAUUUUAAGAUGCCAUUUCAAGAUGAACUUAUUUUUAAAUGCAUUUCAACACACCAGUGCAAUUCUUUGCUAUUAGUAGUGUGUGAGUUUUAUCUGAGCUUCAUAUACUGACAGAAACCGAUUAUGCAUUUUUAGACCUAACAGUAUUAGAUGCAAAACAACAUUCGUUAGUUCAGAUCGACAGAUAUGCGUUUUAAUGUGCAGUCAUACUUUAACCAACAACAGCACUCAUUUAAUCCAUCCAGUUCAAUCUGUUAGAUUAUGACAUUUAUUUUAGGUAUAAAAAUUAUUUUAAAAAAGAUUACUCUUGAUUUAUUUUAAAUUUUUAUUUUGCAACUCGAGCAUUCCAAUCAAAGAGUCCAGUGGAGAUCAUCCCUUUAUUGUAAAGUGCAUACAUACACUAUAAAAAUAUCUGUUAAUUAACAGAGUUCGUAGUUAGUGAUUUACAAGUCUUUUCAGUUUAUUUACGGUUGUAAACUGCAUUAUGGGAGUUUUAUCUCUGUUCUGUCAACUUUUAAUGCUGAAAAUUCAAAAAUACAGUUUAACAAAGUGACAUUGACAUUUUAGUAGUUUGAAAUACUAUAAUGUAUAAGAAAUACUAUAGAGAAAUUGAAAGCAGCAAGCAGCGAUGAAAGGGAUCUCGCACAUGGGCUCACCACCUGGCCUUAGGAUGACAGAGAACAGUGGACAAUACUAAUUUUAGUUGAUAAAAAAAAAAAAAACCUGAAAAAUCUGAUUUAUGCCAAACUUCCUCCUGUCAGCAGGUGGCGCUAUGACUGUAACUCAGUAUUGGCAUGUAAAUGUCUUCAGGAGAAGAAUCUUAUAGAAUCUGGGAAUUUACAGGCAGAUCAGACAUUGUUUGGCUGAGUUAUAAGUACUUCCUCCUCCAUGGCGAUGCACUGAACUUUGUCAGUCCGCCACGGACAUGCCUUUCAACGAAAACUCUAGAUCUUCACAAUAUCACAUCACAAAGGCCUUUGGAUUAUACUGACAAAACUUGAAUUCGAUCUCAUAACAUUUGUAGGAGUUUGUUACAGGGUAAAACGUCAUGACUUGUUUCCACCAGGUGGCACUAUAAUUGUAACUGGAUAUUGGCAUGUAAAGGUGUUUAGGGUAGUACUGUUAUCAACCAUGUGGAUUUUAAGGCAGAUCGAACAUUGCAUGCCUGAGUUAUAACAACUUCCUGUUUUGUGGCGAUUUAAAGUUUUUGAGGCCGACACAGACAAGCCCUUCGACGAAAACUCUAGAUCUUCAUAAUUUUACAUUGUCAAGGCCUUUAGAUGACGAUACCUAAUUUUGGUGUUGAUCUGAUAAAACCCCCAGGAGGGGUUCAUUAAAGUACAAUGCCUGGAAAUGACACUUUUAAAAAUAUCCAACUUCCUGUUGGGCUUGAGAUUUCGCUCCAAGGGACUUUUUUUGUAGGUAUUGGCAUGUUUGACGUGUGUGCCAAUUUUUGUAUUUGUGCGUAAAUUGUAGCUCCGUCAAAAGUGCAUAGGUGGCGCUGUCGAGUCAUUUUGCCACACUCACUUCCGAAACUUAUAAUAGAAAUACAUUUUUGCCACAAACAGAGUUUUCGGACAUGUUUAGACCCAGAAAAAAAAGAUGAUGAAAAAUAAGAAACGGAGCAAUUCCAAUAGGGCUUAGGCACCGUUCCAGUGCUCGGUCCCUAAAAAUAAGUCAAAAAAUGCCCUGGUAGUGUAUUACAAGGUUUUUGUAGCGUAUUAUACACCAACCCAGACAAUAGAUCACUUUAAACGAUUAAAAAGUCACUUUUUUGAACUUUUCAAGGUUAAAAGUUGUAGGAAGAAAGAUCAAGAUCCCAUAAUGCAAUCCAAAAGCAUAAAGUGAGAAAAAAAAAAAAACAUGAAUCACAAAAUACAGAAAACUGCUAAUUUACAGAUAUUUUUACAGCGUAGCUUGAUUCUAAUUUUUUUUGUAUUGUGUUAAUUUUCUGUCAUGAUUACAUGUGGAUCAAUCGCAUGUAGAGUUGCCUCUGUCACCCGUCAUACCUGAAAUUACUUGAAUUUAUGUGUGAAAAUGCUUUAAACCACAUGAACUUUUAAUAGUAUCCAGCACUUGCGUUCAAUGACUGAAUAUCCUUUCUGUAUUGUUCCACUGAUGACCUGUCGGAUUGUCUUAAUUCAGACCGCGUUUCCCAUACGAGCGAUGAAAGAAGGAACAAAUCAAAAGCACACAGUAAAUCAAAAUGUUAAGCACAAGCAGGGAAUGAUCAUGAACUAUGCUGUCCUACAAUCGAAAACUGUGUAAACCUAAGAGAAUCCAUCUUAGGUGAGAAGCAAAACAAACAAAAAAAAAAUGCUGAGUUCUACUGUGAGAAUAAUUUUUAUGGCAUUUUUUUAAUCUUCAUUUUAUACGGAAAGCGCAACUCUUGUUAGUGCAAAAUAAAUAUUUGGAUACAUAAUAUUUACCUUUGUAUAAAUAUUAUGAGAAUAUUUAUUUUUUUAUAGAGAUAUUAACUGUUUUUGAUUUCCUCCAAAGAUGCAUUCCAGAAAGCCAUAAGCAAUGGAGUCUGACCAGCUUCAUUACUUUGGUCGUGCCUUCACUUAUAGUGUCUCUUUAUUUGAUUGGUCGUGAAAGUUCUCGCCUGGAACUUUCCUUUAUUAUGUGGAAAAAGAGGCAGUUGCGUUGGCCUGCAGAGCGUCUAUAGCGAUGAUACCUUUUAUUUAUGUACUGUAGAUGAACACAGAAUCGAGGAAGCGAUGCAUUUAGCCACUCUUGUGGGCAUUAUUUCCAAUCAUGAACACUCAUUUUUCCUCUUGAUGAAUUGUUUGUAAUGAGAAAGUGAUAUAAAAUUUGUCUUGAUAACAAUAAAAAUGUGUUCCUGGGU